AUGAGCCAGCCGCCCGUCCGUCGCUCCAGCCUAGGCAUGUUGCUCCGACGCAGUAAAUCCGGUGACCUGGGGAAGGGCGGUAAGAAAGCCCAAGCCCUGAGGGAGCAGGAACUCGAACGCCAGCGCCAGCAGGCCGCCAUCUCCAGGAAUCCCCCCAAGCUUCCCGACUUUUACAACGCCCACGACCAGCUUCCUCUCUCCAACUCCAUCCCCUCCGACCUGCGCACCGACGCCGGCUCUGUCUACUCCGACGAUCACCGCGGCGGCGGCAUGUACACCACCUCCCGUCCCUCCAUGGAGCCCGCCUACAGCGUCGUCGGCGCUCCCCCCGUCCCUCCCAUCCCCAGCAACGCCUACGACCCCUAUGCUCGCACCGAGAGCAUGACCCAUCGUGGCCGCUACAGCUAUGCCAGCAGUGCCAUCAGCACCAUCAACAGCCCUAGGCGGGUCAGGAGACGCAAGGAUCCCACGCCCUUCAACAUCCUCAUCAUCGGCACACGUGGCGCCGGCAAGACCUCCUUCCUCGAGUUUCUGAAAACCAGUCUAGCGCUCCCUCCGAAGAAACGAUCACGCCGCGGCGAGAUCGAGGAGGAAGCACCCCGAGUGGCUGCGUCGGGUAACUUUAUCCCCCAUUACCUCGAGACGGAAAUCGAAGGGGAGCGUGUCGGCCUUACACUUUGGGACUCGGAGGGUCUGGAGAAGAAUGUCGUCGAUCUCCAGCUCCGCGAGAUGUCGGCCUUCUUGGAAAGCCGCUUCGAGGAAACCUUUGCCGAGGAGAUGAAGGUUGUGCGAUCGCCUGGCGUACAAGAUACCCACAUUCACGCUGCCUUUAUGGUUCUUGACCCUGCCCGGCUUGACCGCAACCUGGCGUCCGCCAAGGUCACCUCAGCCAAUGGCCACGGUGGCAAGCCGCUUCUCAACCGCGUGUCCGGUGGCCUCGACGAGGAUCUCGACCUCCAAGUCCUGCGUACCCUGCAGGGCAAGACGACGGUCAUCCCCGUCGUCUCCAAAGCCGACACCAUCACGACAAAGCAUAUGCAAGUUCUGAAGAAGGCUGUCUGGGACAGCCUGAAGAAAGCUAACCUGGACCCUCUGGAGGCUCUCGGCAUGGGCGACGACGAUGACGACUCGUCGGACCGUAUCGAGGAGGCGGACGAGGACGCGCUCGAGAAUGAUUCCGAUCAGUCCCCCGAAGACGAUGAUCUGCCAAUCCAAGGCGGUGACGAGGCGGUCCGGUCCGUGCCGUCUUCGCCAUCGGCCAAGAGACUGUCCGGCCAAUCCAUCCGCCGCCACAAAGCCAAGGAGGAGGAGAAGCAAGAGAAGGACGAAACUCCCUUCCUGCCUCUUUCCAUCAUCAGCCCAGAUCUGUAUGAGCCUGAAAUUGCCGGACGGCAGUUUCCCUGGGGGUUUGCCGACCCUUAUGACGAGCAGCACUGCGACUUUAACAAGCUCAAAGAAGCCGUCUUCACCGAAUGGCGGGCUGAGCUUCGCGAGGCCAGCCGCGAGCAAUGGUAUGAGGGCUGGAGGACAUCCCGCCUCAAGAGCAGGGAUCCCGCGAACCGCCGGCGAUAGAGCCCUGACGCCUCUCUGGACAAUAAUGGACAACCAGCCAUCCGCGGUUAAUUGGAUCACGAACGCCCUCUCUUGUUUCGCUUUCUUUUUACUUUUUCUCUCCAGAGGGCUGGCGCUUUUCAUGGCCGUACCUUGGCCUUUUCUGACGACGGCUUAUGAUUCCUCGGCAUUUGCAAGAGAACCCCACCGUCGAUACCACAAACAGACCUACUCGAGUCUGCUCCAUCCUUUUCCUUGCUCUCUUUUCCCCUUCUCCUGCAGUUGCCACCGCUUCCUUCACCUGGGUGCCUGGCAACAUGUAGCAUACCCCUUUUUACCUAUCUCAUGCGUUACACUCCUUUCGCCACACAUACUUUGAUGAACUUUACAAAACUGUACGGUCAUAGACGGAUCCCGAACAAAUAGUGCAAACGCCACUCGAUGGAAAGAUGAGGCAGGAGGCCCAUGGUCUCCCUGUCGUCUUGCAGUCGGGAUGAUGCGGUUUGCGGUGGCGCAAGUCAGCCCUCAGGAUGGACGAUGGAAGGGUUGAAAUGGUUGACGGAGUGUAAAAAACAGAGGGCCAGACGGAGGGCCCUGAUAUUUCUCUCCUGUGUUAGUUCAAUUGAGAUGUUUACUC